AACGAUUUGCCCCUCCACCUCGACUCAGUCACCCCCGGCCCCGUCCCCCGUCCCGUCACCGUGACAUGAGCUUGGCGACGAAACAGCCUUUUUUGCUCUUGUUUCCUGUCGUCACCUUUGUCUGGGGGCGAUGCACUGCUAAGGUAGCCAAUACCGAUACCGUUUCUUCCCUCCCGAGACGAUGCAAGAAAAGUCCUCCGGUAAGGUGCCCGUCUCCCCUUCUCUUCAGUUUUUUGCCCGUUUGGGGCUUGGCUUGUGCACGCCCGGACGGCGGGCAUACUGUACGUCUGCCUGUCUCUCACUCACAAUCCUUCAACUCUCUCCCUUGGCUCCCAGCCGAGACCAUCGUAGCGGGCGUACACACAUUUCGCGUACAUGCCGUUCUCCAAAGUGUGUGUGUGUGUAGGUAGCUGUCUUCAAACCGUUUCUUCUUCGGGAAUCUUGAGCUUUUUGGAAUACCGUAGAAACUCGAGCAACUCGAACUUGCGCUAGCCCGUGCCAGCCCUGCUAGCGCUCUAGUAGAAUCGUAAUACU